AUGUCAGAUGAUGGGAAUGGAAGUUUACAAGCAGCAGGGUCUGAACAAAGUUGCCAGUCGCAAUCUGGAUCCUUUCUUUCGCCGGAAGAGAAACUUGACACGCAGGUUACCUGUGAUGUGUUAUGUUCGCUGAGCGCUUCCUAUCCACAACGAUCAGCCGCUGCCGAAGAAACCUCUUCUGAAAUCGGGGGAGAGAAGAGAAAGGCAAAGACAUGUCCUAAGCAGCAUCAGCUGCCUCUGUUUCUCAGCAAGACCUAUCAUAUGAUCGAUCGCUGUGAUCCCGAAAUAGCCACUUGGUCCGCUAGCGGAGACAACUUUGUGGUGAAGAAUGUUGAAAAGUUUGCAAGUAGCGUCCUUCCUCUAUACUUCAAACACUCCAACUUUUCAAGUUUCGCACGGCAAUUGAAUUUUUACGGCUUUCGAAAGCUAAGAACAGAUCCCAUCUUGACAUCUGAUGUCGAUCCAAGAACUGCAUGCUAUGUUAGAUUCUACCAUGACAAGUUUCAAAAGGACCGACCAGAGCUGCUGCACCAAAUCAAGAGGGCUACCAAGUCUGAUCAGCAGAACAAGGAUGAAGUUGAGUCACUCAAGGGAGAAGUGUCCCAACUGAAGGAAUGCAUCGGGCAGAUGAAUCACCGAAUAAACACGCUGACUAGUGAAUACGAAAAGGUAGCCGCACUGCUAACAGAGUUUCUAACUCGUUCGCAUCAGCAACAAAUGAAACAACAGACGACCCAGCAACUUGGACCGGCAGCAGCUCCGCAAGCAGUUGCGACGAGGGGGCCUUGCAAUGCUCCAGAUCUGAUGCAUUCUCUAUCGCAAGUAGCAGCAGCUAGUCUCCAAAGUCACCUGCAAGCAUCUGUACCAAGUAGUAAUGGAGGGUCGAAAAGAGAUAAUUCCGAACCAGCGCUCGGGCCAUCGCCCUCACGGCAACGUACUGAUUGA